ACGGCAUCUCUCGCGCUCAGUCUUCUUAAAUCCGCUCUCUUCCAGGUUGGAGUCGGCCAUUUCAACCAUCAGAGUGACGGGACGGUGUCUGAUAACAUCUGAAAAUGAAUGAGACCGCUAUUUCCUUCGCCAAGGACUUCCUGGCUGGUGGUAUUGCUGCUGCCAUCUCCAAAACAGCUGUAGCCCCCAUCGAGAGAGUCAAGCUUCUCCUCCAAGUCCAACAUGCCAGCAAACAGAUCACCGUGGACAAGCAGUACAAGGGCAUCAUUGACUGCAUCGUCCGUAUCCCCAAAGAGCAGGGCUUCAUCUCCUUCUGGAGGGGGAAUCUGGCCAACGUCAUCCGAUACUUCCCCACUCAGGCCCUCAACUUUGCUUUCAAGGACAAGUACAAGAAGGUUUUCCUUGACGGCGUGGACAGCCGCAAGCAGUUCUGGAGAUACUUUGCAGGUAACCUUGCGUCCGGUGGCGCCGCCGGAGCCACGUCACUGUGUUUCGUCUACCCUCUCGACUUCGCCAGAACACGUCUGGCCGCAGAUGUCGGCAAAGCCGGACAGGGGCGUGAGUUCAAAGGCCUGGCAGACUGCUUGGUGAAGAUCUCAAAGUCUGAUGGCAUCAAGGGUCUGUACCAGGGCUUCAGCGUGUCCGUGCAGGGCAUCAUCAUCUACAGAGCUGCUUACUUUGGCGUCUACGACACAGCCAAGGGCAUGCUCCCAGACCCCAAGAACACACACAUUUUUGUCAGCUGGAUGAUUGCUCAGACUGUGACAGCGUGCGCCGGGUUUGUGUCCUAUCCCUUCGACACCGUCCGUCGUCGUAUGAUGAUGCAGUCUGGACGCAAAGGAGCUGACAUCAUGUACAGUGGCACCAUGGACUGCUGGAAGAAGAUCGCACGCGAUGAGGGCUCCAAGGCCUUCUUCAAGGGGGCGUGGUCUAACGUGCUCAGAGGCAUGGGAGGCGCCUUUGUGCUGGUCUUGUAUGAUGAGCUGAAGAAAGUCAUCUAAGUUGUUUUUUGUAUGUCCACUGUUCAUGUUGUGAAGUUGACUGUAACAUAUCUUGUACAUUUGGAAGGACUUCAAUGCCAAACUAUAUAUUUAUAGGGACCAACUAGUAUUUUCUACUAGUUGUACUGGGGGAAUCGGUCUGCGCUCUUCUCUUGGCCCCGUGCUUUCUCCUUUUUUUUUUGUUUUGUUUUGUUUCUCACCUGAAUGUUAUUUCCUGAACACAGGAACCUUGCCCACAAAAACAGAAAUAAAUGCAACUUACUUACUGA